UUCAGCGGCUUGUUUUGGUAUAGUGGCAUUAUUGCUGUUCCAUGAAGUACAUGGACAGUUUCUGGAUUCGGAAUGUGAAAAAUACACUCCUGAUAAAUAUCGAUUUGCACCUUGGAUGGCAUUGAUUGUAUCAAACCAACAAAGUUGCACGGGAACUCUUGUUAACAAACAUUACGUGUUAACAGUAGCAAGCUGUGUAUUAAAUCAAAACCAGAUAAUCGUUCGCUUCGGAAGCAACAAAGAUUAUUACGUAAAAGAAGUCUACAUUCCCAAUCUCUACAACAAAAAUGAUAUAGCUCUGGUCAAACUAAUCGACCCUGUGCUUCACAUAAAACCGAUAUGCAUUUUAUUAAACGACGGCUUGAAGUUGGAAAGCAACAGCAAUUUUAAAGCCACCAACUGGGGCGCUGGUGGAAGUACAAUAACGAAAAGCAUUAAUAAAUUUGAAAAUAGAAAGUGCUCCAAUUCCUUUGGUGUAUACCCCGAUCAUACUGAGAUCUGCGCUGGCUAUAGUAACAUAGACAAAUGUGCGGAGCGCGGAAGUCCAUUGGUCGUUGAAAAGUUCACCAAUUAUUAUACACUAGUUGGAAUUCAGAGUUAUGGAAAUUUGGGAACUUGCUUGUACACCAAUAUUAUAAGGUAUUUCGACUGGAUAGUGGGAGUCGUGUUGGAGGUCGAUGUCAUACUUAAUACUUACAUUAAGGUUGUGGGCAAACAACAAAAAGCAAUAUUUUAUGAACCAGUGGUUCAGUUUUUGAGAAGCUGUGUUCUUGGAAUGAUGUAUUCCGCUGUAUGUUUUACUCUAUACUUAUGGAUUCUGCUUCAUCGGGGAUUGGCGCAGCUGCUUGAUGUAAACUGCGGUACAGUUUCUUAUCAUGAUGAGCAUUUGAUCUCCGACAGCCCCUGGAUGGCAUUGAUUGUAUUACCCAAUAAAACCUGCAGUGGCACUUUGAUACACAAACAAUUUGUCGUAACAUCAGCUAAUUGUUUGGUUGAUCAAAAAGAUUCAUCGUCAACUUUGUGGUUGCCUUCCAACAUCACCGUUCGUUUGGGGACAUCCAAGAUCCAUAAGCUGAAAAAUAUUGGCGAUGAAUAUCCACCUAAGAACUACAACGUCCAAAGUGCAUAUAUUCAUAGUCUCUAUGACAAAAAUAAUUUUAAUAAUGAUAUUGCACUGCUCGAACUAGCAGAAGAUGUGCUCUAUAAAGCCCACAUUAGGCCAAUAUGCAUUUGGUUACACGAUAUCGAUCUAGAAAUAUAUAAAACCUUUACCACCAACCUUUGGUACGUAGAUAAGAAUGAAAACCAUUUAAAAUCCCAGAUAAACAAAAUUACCAACUUCAAGCCAUCAAAGUGCAUAAAUGCCUUUAAAAUGUCACCCCAGAACACAACGAUUUGUGCUGGCUACAAAAACGAAAACAUCGGCAUGGAAUCUGGAAGUCCUUUGAUCAAUUAUAUCCGCCAUUAUAAUAACACACUUUCCACACUUUUUGGAAUACAAAGUUAUGGCGAAUUGGGAACGUUUUUAUAUACCGAUGUUACCAGCUACAUUGACUGGAUAGUGGGAAUCAUUAUAGAGGUUGAUGUCGUAGUAAACUACAAGGACGCCUCCUUUUUAGAUUCUUAAAAAAAGUAGCAAAUAUUUAUAUAUAUAUAAAUAAAAGGAGUUUUUCUAUAAAAA